AUGUUGAUCCACGAAACCCACCAAGAUGUGGAGACUUCCGCAGAUGGCAAAGGAAGCAUGCGCAUAUACCUCUACCACCCCGUCAUCCCCGGCUUUUCCCAAGCCAAAUUCCCCGGCGUCGUCAUCUUCAGCGAAAUCUACCAAGUGACCGGUCCCGUCGCCCGCUUCGCCCGCCAAAUGGCCGGCCACGGCUACAUAGUCGCCGCCCCCUCCUCCUACCACGAAUUCACGGGCCCGGAACCCCUCGCCUACGACGUCCGAGGCACCGACGAUGGAAACAGGUACAAAAUCGAAAAGAAAGUGCACGCGUACGACGAAGACGCCGCUCUCGCCGUCACGGCCCUCCUCUCCCUCCCCUCCUGCAACGGCCGCGUCGGCACAACGGGCAUGUGCUUGGGCGGGCAUUUGGCAUUCCGCUGCGCAUUCGACAAGCGCGUCGCCGCCGCCGUGUGCUACUUCGCCACGGACAUACACUCCAAGACCCUCGGCGCCGGCGGAGACGACAGCCUGGAGCGCGUGGGCGACAUCGAGGGCGAGCUCGUGAUGAUAUUCGGCAAGAAAGACAACCACGUCCCGCCCGCCGGCAGGGAUUUGAUCCGGAAGACGUUGCAUGAGGAGGGCGUCUGCUUCUCCUUUUACGAGGUGGCGCACGCCCAGCACGCGUUUAUACGGGACGAGUUGAGCAAGGGGCGGUACGAUCCGUUCGUGUCGAAGGUUUGCUUCGAGAUGUUGUUGGAGGUGUUUGGGAGGGCGUUGAGGGCUGAUCUGGGGCCGAGGGAUGGCGGGCGGGAGAAGGUUGAAGAUGUUUGUUAA